UGUUCCCUAACAAUCCAAGCUCGUAGGAAUAGAAGAAAUUUCUGAAAACGAUCUUGAGUUUAGGGAAAUAGAAAUGGAAGAAAUCCUGAGCAAAUGUAUGCUUCUGAAAAAUUCAGAGUCUCGGAGGAUAAACAUAGAACUGAUUCAUGGUCAUCAGCAAAAUGUAAAAUGGAUAAAAAAAAAUCAUAAAUAUCCUACGAAAUCUAUACAGCUAUAAACAUUCAUUUUACCAGUGGGCCCGAAAACUUGUCAUAUACUUCUGAUGACACUUCUACAAUCUAGCAUAAUUUGAAUGUUUGCUGUGGUGCAAUUCAUUACGGAAUCCACAAGCGACAAUGUGUCGGUCAGUGGAGUUCCUACAUCGUGGAUUUCUACUGAGCAAAAGCAGUGUUGGUGGCCUCCGAGUAAUACUACAAUUUAUAUUGCACGGCAAAAGAAACCAAACCCAGAAACAUGGAAACUUUAUCCAAUCAAGGUGGAAUGUUAUUGUGAAACCUAUCAGGAAGCCAAAAAAAAAGCUCUGGCUAUAACUUCGAGUGAUGAAGAAACUGUUCGAACUCUGAAACCUAAUAGAAGGUAUAAUCCUUCACAAUAUGUUUUGAAUUAUAGUGAUGAAGCUAACAAUAACAACAGUGCCCAGUUUUUACCUAUUGCCCCAAUGUCACUUAACCCAAUAGAGGAGAUAAGUGAAGAUACUCGGUCAUCUUCUACUGUCAACACAGAGCCCACUGUUCUUGACAUAUCAGAUUACAGGCUCAAUUAUGUUGAUUCCUCUGGGGCGAUUCCUGAAUCAAAAAUGUCUGAGAAAUGUAGGAGACAAAAUGUUGAAAACUGUCACAACUGUUGCCAUAAUUCUGAUGUAAUAAUCAAGCUCUUAACGGAGUUGACAUUAAAAGUCGACGAACUCAAAGAAACAAUAGGAGCAAACGGCCAAAUUUCACUCAAUAGUGAGGCAGUUAACUUCAUAACGAGUAAAUUGCCUUGCAAAAAUAUAGAAGAGUUGGAGUACUUGGAAUCAUUAGUCUAUGCGGAGAAAAAACAUAACGAAUCAUUGAUAUAUAUCAUGACCUCCAUGGGAGGAACAACAGGAAGAGACUUCACUCAGAGAGUGUUGAAGAAAUUAUUAACUAAUGAGGUUGCAGAGCUGUGUAGUUGGACAGGGGCCAAGCACAAUUUUGAACUUCAGAAAUUAAAGAUUUUUGAAUGUGCAUAUACUUCAGUGAUAAAACAUUUUCCAAUAACCAGAAAAGAAUUCGAAAUGCAUGUAAAAGAUUGGUUGAGGCAUGCUAGGCAGAGAAGAGAAAGGGAGUAUACGAAGAAAAAUAUUUUAACUGGACCAUCCUCCCACUCCGGAAGUGGAAUAUGA